AAAGCCAUAAUCUGUAUGGAGGCUUAAGAAGCAAUGCGGAAUUCUGCGGACAAAUAUAUUUUUUUAAGUUUAAGUGAAAAGAUAUAAAAAAUAUACAGUAUUUAGUUAAAAGUGAAAGUAGAUAUUUCAAAACCGAAAUGUCGAAACCAAUUCUCUACAUGAAUCCUCUAAGCGCACCAUCCAGAGCAGUUAUGUAUUUGGUCAAAUACCUUGGUUUGGAACUGGAAUGCAUAGAAAUAAGUUUCGAUACACGUGAAACUCUAACACCGGAAUUCAGGAAAUUGAACCCACAGCACACGGUACCCACUCUGGUCGAUGGUCAUGAUGUUAUCUAUGAUUCCCAUGCCAUUUGUGGAUAUUUGGUAGAUAAAUACGCAACAAAUGACGAACUAUAUCCCAAGGGCUUGGUACAAAGAACUUUAGUACAAAUUUUAUAUGGAGGAUUGGAAAGUGUACCAAAGGAUGUAGUUAGGUGUUUGCACGAAUCCUGGAUGAUAUUGGAAGACAUUUUAAAAGAUAGUCCGUAUCUUUGUGGUGAAAAUAUGACAAUUGCUGAUAUUUGUUGUCUUGCCACAAUAACGGCUGUAUUGAGAAUGCUCCCAUUGUUGAGGAGACGUAUCCCAAACUGUUCUACUGGUUGCGGAGAAUGUGUUCAAUGCCGUUUUAUUACGAUGAUGGGGCCAAACGGUUGCAAAUGAAAAUUCAGGAAAAACUCAAAGAGAAUCGUUUAACCAAAAAGGAAGUUAAUUGAAAAUAAAGGCAAAGGGGAAUAUUAAAUAAAAAUACGUAAAUUGUACACGUGGUAAAAAGUAUUACCAGAGAGAUUUUGUAAUAUAAAUAUUGGAAUUAUCUGCAAUAUGUAAUGUAUUAUAUUUA